AUGGACGCCAUUAAGGGGGUCAUGGAAAGAAGCUAAAUCAGGCAGGGUUUGAUUAAAGUGUUCAGAGGGCACCCUGGCUGCUCGGAACGUGCCUGGCAGAGGGCAGAGAGGAAAGAGGGAACCGGAUAAGAGGCUGUUGGUGUGUAGGGUACCAGCUGACACCACCGUGGAGGUGGGGGAGAUAGACAGGAGGAAGGUCAGCCAGUGACACGUGGCCAUUGAGGGUGGAGAAAAGGGGGUGUUUCUAGGUGUGAUGGUUUGCAUAUAUUUGGCCCAGGGAGCUGCACUAUUAGAAGGUACAGACCUGUUGGAGUGGGCAUGGCCUUGGAGUAGGUGUGUCACUGUGGGUGUGGGCUUUAUUUAAGACCCUCAUCCUAGCUACCAGGAAUUGAAUAUUCUGUUAGCAGCCUUCAGAUAAGGAUGUAGAACUCUCAGCUCCUUCUGUACCAUACCUGCCUGGAUGCUGCCAUGUUCCACCUUGAUGAUAAUGGACUGAACCUCUGAACAUGCCCGUCAGAGGAGAGCAGAUCAGGACCUGUGGAGCCAGUCACAGGAGAGCACGGCAGGACCUGUGGAGCGGGUACUCACAGAGCUGAUAUCCCCAGAGCCUUCAUCAUGGUGCAGUCCCUGGCCUGGGCAGGUGUGAUGACUCUGCUGAUGGUCCAGUGGGGCUCUGCUGCAAAACUGGUCUGCUACCUCACCAACUGGUCCCAGUACCGGACGGAGGCAGUUCGGUUCUUUCCCAGGGAUGUGGAUCCCAACCUGUGUACCCACGUCAUCUUUGCUUUUGCUGGAAUGGACAACCAUCAGCUCAGCACUGUGGAGCACAAUGACGAACUUCUCUACCAGGAGCUGAACAGCCUAAAGACUAAGAACCCCAAGCUCAAGACCCUGUUAGCCGUUGGAGGCUGGACCUUUGGUACCCAGAAGUUCACAGACAUGGUGGCCACCGCCAGCAACCGGCAGACCUUUGUGAAGUCAGCCCUAAGUUUCCUGCGCACUCAAGGUUUUGAUGGCCUUGACCUUGACUGGGAGUUCCCAGGUGGACGUGGGAGCCCCACAGUAGACAAAGAGAGAUUCACAGCCCUGAUACAGGACUUGGCCAAAGCCUUCCAGGAGGAAGCCCAGUCCUCAGGGAAGGAACGCCUCCUUCUGACUGCAGCUGUACCGAGUGAUCGAGGCCUGGUGGAUGCUGGCUACGAGGUGGACAAGAUUGCCCAGAGCUUGGAUUUCAUCAACCUUAUGGCCUACGACUUCCACAGCUCCUUGGAAAAGACCACAGGGCAUAACAGCCCCCUCUACAAAAGGCAAGGAGAAAGUGGGGCAGCCGCUGAGCAAAACGUGGAUGCUGCUGUGACGCUCUGGCUGCAGAAGGGGACCCCAGCCAGCAAACUGAUCCUUGGCAUGCCUACCUAUGGACGCUCUUUCACCUUGGCCUCCUCGUCAGACAAUGGAGUUGGGGCCCCAGCCACAGGGCCUGGUGCCCCAGGCCCCUAUACGAAGGACAAAGGGGUCCUGGCUUACUAUGAGGCCUGCUCCUGGAAGGAAAGACACAGAAUCGAGGACCAGAAGGUGCCUUACGCCUUCCAGGACAACCAGUGGGUGAGCUUUGACGACGUGGAAAGCUUCAAAGCCAAGGCUGCCUACCUGAAACAGAAGGGGCUGGGAGGAGCCAUGGUCUGGGUCCUGGACUUGGAUGACUUCAAGGGUUCCUUCUGCAACCAGGGCCCGUACCCUCUCAUCCGGACACUACGGCAGGAACUAAAUCUUCCAUCCGAGACUCCAAGGAGCCCAGAACAGAUAAUACCUGAGCCACGCCCAUCUUCUAUGCCAGAGCAGGGACCCAGCCCAGGGCUAGAUAACUUCUGCCAAGGCAAAGCUGAUGGGGUCUACCCCAACCCUGGAGACGAGUCCACUUACUACAACUGUGGAGGAGGGCGGCUGUUCCAGCAGAGCUGUCCUCCAGGCCUGGUGUUUAGAGCCUCUUGCAAAUGUUGUACCUGGAGCUAAGUUCCUGGAACCCCAUCCAACUCCAGUCUGAGGCCAGGCUUGGGGUCCCCCACCACCUGCCUCUGCUUUCCCUGGGGCCUGCAGGCCUCUCUGUUCCUUCCAUGCCCCCACCUCUGAUCAGCUUCUUGGUUUCCUUUUUGUCUCUUUUAGGCUUCCUCUUUAUCUGAAAAAUAAACAUAUUUUUCACCCCUGA